UUUUUUUCAAGGUCUUCUGUUUCAUAGAGCAAUAUUAUGAAGUGUCUCGGAGUUUGUCACUAACUGUUUAAUAUUCGAGUACCUUUUACUAAUUACACAUGCCUAUACAACUCGACAACAAAUCUACAUUCAACCUCGAACGGUUGGAUAGAUCCACUAUAAGGAAUGGUGUUUAUCCUACUGGUGAACAUCCUGAAGGGAUUUCUCCUCUAGAAGCUGUAAAUUUGUAUCGUGAUAACCUAUCGUUGCAUGAAAGGAAAGAAAUUUUACGCUACGAGAAAAUUUUCUAUGUAGGUUGUACAGCUGAUAAACAUUCAAUAUCAAAUUGCCCACAAUUUUCUAUGCAAAAAUUUAAUAAUCAAAUAUUACAAUAUUCAAAUGAUAAAGUAAAUCCAUAUCAUAAUAAUAAUAACAAUAAUAAUAAUAAUAAUCCAGACAAUCAAUCAAUGUUCAAUGAUUCUGAUAAUUUCUACCGAAUUAUACAACAUGAUCACAUUGCCUAUCGUUAUGAGAUUUUAUCACUCCUCGGUAAAGGUAGCUUUGGACAAGUUGUCUCAGCUUAUGAUCAUAUGAAAGGAUGUAAAGUUGCUUUGAAGAUCAUUCGAACGGAACCUCGUUUUACACGUCAGGCACGUGAAGAGAUACGUAUAUUGGAAACAUUAAGAAAUAUGCGUGAAUCUUCUGGUGGUGAAUUAAAUCGUUGUGAUUUUCCAAUUAUUAAUUUAUAUGAACAUUUUACAUUUCGUAAACAUAUUUGUAUGACAUUUGAAUUAUUAAAUAUUAAUUUAUAUGAUUUAUUAAAAUUAAAUAAAUUUACUGGUCUACCAAGAGAUCGUGUAAGACGAAUAUCUUUUCAAGUAUUAAAAGCUUUACAAUUUAUACAAAAAGCUGGAAUUAUACAUUGUGAUUUAAAACCAGAAAAUAUUCUACUUGUUUGGCCACAAUUACCAGAAAAUGAUAAUAACAGUAAUAAUAUUAAUCAACAGAAUUCACAUAAUCAAUAUGGUGAUAAUUAUUUUAAAAAAUGUCAACAACAUCAAAAUCAUUAUAAUGGUAAUAAUAAUAAUAAUAAUAGUAAUAAUAAUAAUAAUAAUAGUAAUGAUGGAUAUGAUUCACUGAAUAAUUUACGUUCAAUGUAUCAACGUGUAACAGAACAAAAGGAUUAUGUGAAAUUAAUUGAUUUUGGAUCAAGUUGUUUUCAAAAUGGUCAACCAUAUCCCUAUAUUCAGUCAAGAUUUUAUAGAGCACCAGAAAUUCUACUUCGUUUAGGUUAUAAUGAAGCAAUUGAUACAUGGAGUUUUGGAUGUUUAGUGGCUGAACUAAUAAAUGGUUUACCAUUAUUUCCUGGAGAGGAUGAAACUGACCAAAUGGCUUGUAUUAUGGAAGUAUUAGGUCUACCACAUCCAAAUCUUUUACGUCAUUCAUCAGAACUAGAUCGUUACUUCAUUGAAUUCAAAUGUGAUAAAUUAAAACCAUCUACAUUGGAGUUUAUGGACAAAAAAGGUGUACGAUUAAGUAGAGAUCUUGUGUAUCUACCACGUUAUUGUUCAGUACGUUAUCCAGAUGGUGAUAAUCCUCCACAAUUGUUACCAGGUAUUUCAAAACGAGGUGGACAUGUUCGUGGUAUACCAAGUAGUUUACCAUUACUUCAAGCUAUUACUCAAUCAAGACUACGUCGUUAUAAACGUAAAGAUACACGUAGCGUAUCCAAUUUAUCAACAGCAAUAAAUCCAACCAAAAUGUCAGAGGAAGAAGAAAUUUACUUAGAUAAAGAUAAUGAAUUAGUUGUAAAUUUACUAUCAUCUUGUUUAACUUGGUUACCUGACGAACGAAUUCAAUCAAACAAAGCGAUUAUGCAUCCAUGGUUUAAUCAUUUCUAUAAUAAUAAAUCCACUAUUGGGUUUCGUUCACAAGUACGUGUUAGGAGUAUGGAAGUAUCAAAACUUGCACCAAAUAAUAGUAAAUUAGCUAAUGAAAUUAACGAACGUCAUUUACUUCAUGAUCAUCGCAAUGGUCAUGAAUCACUGAAUAAAGACUCAUUGCAUAAAAUCAAUGGGUUAUAUAAUAGUGGAAGACAAAAAACAUCACGAAUAAAUUUAAUUAAUAGUCAUUUAGUUAAUUUUGAUAUAACACAUAAUAAUUCCAUUGCAAAUGAUUCAGUGAGAAAUAAUCAUGAAACUGAUGUAGUGCCACGUAUGGUUGAUGCACAGAGUAGUCCGAUUCAAGAGGAAGAAUUGAAAAAAACUCGUCGUAACUCUCAAAUUACCAUAGUACAACAACAGCCAUCAUACUUGGUUACUGUUUCUAAUUCACCAAAUACAUGUUCAAAAAAUUUGUCACAUUCAACUCAGCAUACUGAUAAACUGUCUUCUUCUUUUUCUGGAAAUCGGCAUGUUACAUUCAUUUAUUCAAACAAUGAUAGUAGAACAAUAACAACAGCCACUCCGAUGACAACGACGACGGUUGCUACUACUGCUAAUAGCAGUAAUCAAUGUGCUGACAACAGGUUAACCUUAUCAGAUGACAAUCAGGAAGGUCGAUUACUGUCUGUGAACUUAUCAUGUAAUCACUUAAACAGUGAUAAUAACAUUACUAAAAUCAAUAAUAGUAAUAUUGAUGGUGCAUGUGAUGAUGUUACUAUUAACAAUACAACUAGCAGUAAUAUAAUUCCUAUGAAUAAAAAUAUUUUGAACGAUAGCACUAUCAAUAACAGUAGUAGUAGUAGUAGUAGUAGCAAUAGCAGUAAUAACAGCAAUCCCAACACUAGUGCUCUUGACGUAAUGCUUCAACAUUCAGAUUUAGUUACAUCAGUUCGUCGGUCUUCACUUGUUGAGUCGUUGACGGAAAUCAAUAGUUUAAAUGGAACCCAAUCCGAAGUUAUUGUAGAAAAACCACGUCCUCUAAUUCAUACCAAACCUGAUGCAAUAUAUCAAAGUAAAAAGAUAUUAGAUCGUAAUUCAACUAGUAAUAAUGAUCGACCAUUAUCAGAAUUCACUCACCAUCAUCAUCACCAAAAUAACCAACAUCUGUUUACGGAUUACGGUAAGACCAAAAUUAUCACAGAAAAUGGAAGUGAUAGCCCAACUUUUCUGAUCACUGGCCAUUGCUCUGACUCAACUCCUCAUCUACCUAACCUUAUGUCAUUUAAUAUCAGUCACACUAAUAAUAAUACAAAUAGCACGAAUGCAACAGUGUGUAAAAUCACAAAUUCACCAAAUCGAUAUUCGUAUUCCAAUUUGCAUCAAACAGUACCAUUUGUAUCUUCAUUGACUAUUGACAAACCAUUAAACAAUAGUAUGAAUAAUAUUGUAAGUAUACAGAAAAUGAAGCCUGCCACUGAUGUGACCAUGAUAAAUGCCUCAGACAAACGAUAUUCUGUCCCAACACGUUCAAAGUUGAUUGAUAUACCACAAGCAGAAUAUGAAAUACCGAUUAUUGAUCAUAAUAAUAGUAGUAUUAAUUACAAUCAUAUCAAUGACUACGCUAAGCAGGAUAUUCAUUUUAUUCCAGUUACAUCAUCACAUGUGAUAAUUUCAACGGAUUCAGGUGUUUUCCACAAAUUAAAUACAGCGUGUAAUAAUAGCACUAGUAAUAUAACAAGUAAUGGUCUAUAUAGAUAUCCAUCUAGCCAUUACAGUCAACAACAAUGUGAUGUAUAUCACAAUCAUAAAAAUAACUAUCAAUAUCGUCAGCAACAACCGCCAUCAUCGCAGUCGGUUCAAUUACAACAUCAAGAACAGUUCAAUCGCCAAACCUCCUGUUGGUUGGCUAACAACAAUAACAACUUUUACAGUAAUAACAAUCGUAAAAUUUUGAACCUUACAAGAAGUCAUACAGAUCCAAAAGAACAUUCUCUUAACAGUCAUUCGAAUGGGAUCAAUUCAACUAUUACAGGAAUGAAUAGUUGUAGCACUAUAAAUUCUACCAUUACACUCCCAGAAAUUGCCCCGAAACCGCCAGCUCGUACAAAAUUAAUUAUUUCGAGCAGUAGUAUUAAUGAUACUUCUAAUAAUACUGAUUACAAAAAUACAAUAAGAUGGCGUUCAGUUAAAUCAUUAUCAUCAGAAGACUAUGGCUCUGCAAAUCUAUACGGCCCACAGCCUUACAGUCAACCAACUAUUGAAUCACACAAAAUUAUUGUACAAAGAUUACCUCAGUUCAAUUCGAAUAAUAAUAAUAAUAAUGGUCAUGGUGGUUAUACAGAUCAAAUUUCAACUCAUUAUACUCAAUAUGAAACUUGAAACAAGUAGUCUUAAUACUUCGCCCUAUACUUUUAUGAAUUAAAAGCAUUCUCAUAUAUAUUUGCUGUUGUUUAUCAGAGUUGUAUAAACGAGUUUUCUUAAAGAAAAUGAAUGUAUGUAUGAGUGAUUGUAUAAGUACUUACUACUUUCUCAAUUAUACACAUAAAUAGAUUGACCAAACAAUGAUUUUAUUCUUAUUUCAGAGUAUACACUAGUUCCUCAAUGUUCAUAUGUUUUUACAUGUGUGUAUCCAUCACUAUCACACACAUGCACGUAUACAAACUUUGAUUUUUACUUAGAUUCCAUUUGUAAUACCUUUUUUAUGCAACACAACUAGUUGACAAUAGAAAUUGGUUGCGUUUUUUAAGUUAACAAGUAGUGAUGACCCAAUCCGGUUUUCUUCUCGCUCUCUCUCUAUACACAUACACACACUAUAGGCUUAGUUAUGUAUGUGUACAUGUGCAGUGCGUAUGUGUGCAUGCAUGAAGUGUAUUUCAAUAGUGUACUCAUAAAUACUAUUUCCCACAAGUUAUGUGCCAGAAAUAUACAUAUAUAUAUAAUCCACCUUCACGAAAUGCUUUAGUUGUCAACUUCCUUUUCGUUGUGUACACCUACUGACAUUUUAUGCAUCAGGAUUAAUUAAGAAACAUUAUAUGUAGACUAAUUAACUGAGAUUAAUUUAAGAGACCAAAGUAAAGAAAAUAAAAAAAGGAGAAAAACGGACAAUAAUGUCUUUCAAUAAUCUUUGUUUUUAUAUUUUAAAUAAAUUAUUAUUAUUAUUACUGUUAUCUGAUAUGUAGUCUUAACUUUGUCUUUGUUUUGCGUCUCCCUUGACAACUAAAUCUUCUAAUUCAUCAGGUUUCCUAACUCAUACAUAAUCUUUAUUAUCUGCUUAUUUUUUUUAACGAACUUAACUAUACGCAAAACAGUGUCACUAAUCAAUAACCAACAGUGAAAUGAUCAAUAAGUUUAACGAACCAAUUAAUUUCACUUACAAUCAGACAAUGUUCGUGUUAUUUUUGUGAUGUUUACUGAUUAUUAUUAUUAUUAUUAUUAUUAUUAUUAUUAUUAU